AUGACGUUUCUGGAUCGUGUCCUGAGUCUUGGCAGUCUUUUUGUUCUGCUGACAUGUGGAAGAAGCAGCCCGCACGCCCCUCCGCAGCUGCUUGGAAUAGACUGGGAACAAUGGGCUGCGCUCAAUUGCUCUGUCGACGGGCAUCUCCAUCUGUCAAGACCCUUCGAACUACCAUGUUUCUCGUUAUUCGAAGGUCAGGCCGUCUCCCCAGACUCUGCAGCAUGCACAGCUGUCCAAGCGAACUAUACCGACCCUGUGUUUCGCUCCGAACAUUUCGGCGCGUACAUGCAAUCGCAGUGGGAGACGUGCCAAGUCACAGGCGCGAGCUGCCUUUUGGACGACUCGGACCCCACGAACCCUGCAGCUUAUCAAAGUAAAGACUGUCAGACAGGGAAUAUCGCCCCAGUCUACAUUGACGUCCAGUCUGUUGAGCAUGUCCAAGCGGCGUAUACCUUUUCGCUCAAAACCGGCAUUAAGCUGUCAGUUAAGAAUAAAGGCCACGAUUACAAGGGCCGCUCCAGUGGCUGGAAUACUCUCGGUCUAUGGGUAGGACAGUCCCAUUCAUUCAGUGCUCUAGCUGACAUGACCUUCAAUGAAACAUUCACGUCAGAGAACUGCAACACUAGCUAUCGGGCUAUCACUAUCGGAACUGGAGUGGAAAUGCAACAGCUCUACGCCUUUGCCGACCAGCAUAACGUCACCGCCAUCGGAGGAUACCACAAAACGAUUGGGACCGGCUAUUUCCUGGGCGGAGGCCAUAGCAUCCUGUCCCCGGUGUACGGCCUGGGCGUCGACCGCGUGGUCGAAAUCAAGGUUGUGACUCCCGACGGUCGCUUCCGAACCGUAAACGAAUGCGAGGAUAGCGACUUGUUCUGGGCUCUGCGUGGAGGUGGCGGGAGCGCAUUUGGUGUGGUCACUGAGCUCACGAUGCGGGUGGAGCCCCAGCUGACUUUGCAAGCGGCUAUCAUUAAAUUCCCUGCCAAUUCGUCAAAUCUUGUGUCUUGGUACGAGCUCAUGGUCAACAGCUCCCUUAGGUGGGGUCAGGAGGGCUGGGGAGGGCAUAUUGCUGGCGGCAGCUUGAUCCAUGUUAACCCGCUCCUCAACCAAUCCGCUGCUCAAGCAUCGAUGCAAGUUGCUAUCGAUUUCGCAGUUGCACAGGGCGGCUCCGGAUUAAUCGACGAUCUGCCAUCGUGGAACGCAUUCUUCCUCAAGUACGUGACGUCCGCGGAAGUGCCCGUUGGCUCGGAAAUCAUGUUGGGGACUCGCCUGCUGAAUACCUCGCUCUUUGCGACAGACAGUGGGAGAAUGGCGUUGUCGGCAGCUAUUACAAACGUUCUGCCUUUCGCGAGCCCUUACGUCGUAGUCGGCACUCCAUUUUUGUUCCCGUAUGUCGAAGGCACAACCAGCGUAACGCCUGCCUGGCGUACCGCUCUGUGGCAUCUCGGUCUUAGCGGGCGAUUUUACUUCAAUAGCACCGCGCAGGACCGUCAGUCGGAGUACACGCAAAUUGACCAGCAUACUCAAGUCUUCCGCGACCUGACGCCAGGAAGCGGCGCUUACUUUAACGAGGGCGACGUCUACGAGCCCGACCAUGAACAGUCGUACUGGGGGUCUAACUAUGAAAAGUUGCUAGAAAUUAAGAAGAAGUACGAUCCCUAUCAUAUCAUGAAUUGUUGGCAAUGCGGUAUGUACUCUGCUUGCUCGACAAGGCCCGUGCUCAAUGCUUUUUGUAGUCGGGUGGAGUGGAGCGAGUGA